AAAAACGCGAUUUUCUUUUUAGUUUGAUCGAUUAUCUUUCUUGUUCUUCCUCUCUUUUUUUGUUAGCCAAGAAAAGAAGACAUCUAGCAGUCGUUGUUGUGGGAAUGCAUUAUCAUCCUCAAGCACUCUCAUCCACAUGUCAAAUCUAUGCCACUGGCAAAGUUUCCGUAGCGCGUCGAACAUCCGUAAACGAGUUACUCGCUGCAGCAGCAUCGUCAUCAUCCAGACCCUCAUUGCAUCCUCGAAGAGCAACGACAACAGCGGUUAUCACACCAAAAGAUCAUCGUCAGCAUCAUAAUAGCAGCAGCAACAACAACAAUAACAGUAGGCGGUUAUCAUUUACUUUAUCAUCACUCGUGCGACGAUUUGUAUACACAUCGAAAAAACAUCAUCGGCACCAACAAAAAGAUGGUGAUAACAGCUCAAUCUCUUAUUCAGCUGACCUGAAUGAUUAUGAAAAAUUACAUGUUCUCGGCGUAGGAGGUACUGCAACUGUAUACGCCUGUAAACACAAACCGACAAGAUCGACUGUAGCAGUGAAACAAAUUGAUCUGGAACUAUUGGACGUCUCGCACGAAUCAAAGCGACUGGAUGGUCUACGACGAGAGAUACAAAUCAUGAAGCUAUGUCGACAUGAACAUCUUUUACCAACAUUUCAGAGCUUUGUUAGCUCGUCCUAUCUGUAUAUCAUCAUGCCCAUGAUGUCGUCAGGUUCUUGUCGAGAUCUUUUGUCAAAUUUCUUUCCAGAAGGAUUGGAUGAACAUCUGGUUGCAUGCAUUAUGAAACAAGUUGUGAAGGGCUUGCAAUAUCUUCAUGAAAACGGGUUGCUCCAUCGAGACAUCAAAGCUGCUAAUCUCUUGUUGGAUUCUGGCACGGUUAGACUUGCCGAUUUUGGUGUGAGCAGCCACCUGUUAGCGAGUACUAGUAGCAAUAACAGCAAUUUUACUAUUGCUGCUACGUCAGAGCAGCAGCAAGGACAAACCUUACGACGGCGGAGGUCUUUUGUCGGUACACCAUGUUGGAUGGCGCCAGAAAUACUACAGCACCGCGAAUAUAACCAAAAGGUCGAUAUAUGGGCACUAGGCAUCACUACAUUUGAACUCGCUUCUGGUUGGCCACCACUCUGUGAACAUGAUGCGGCUACUAUAUUUUCUCAUGUCAUUCAUGACCCGCCUCCUAUUCUGGACGAGCCAAGUAGCUAUACCGAAGCUUGUCAUGGCUUUAUUGCAUCCUGUUUGAAGAAGCAUCCAGUCGAACGAAUUUCUGCAAACGAGGCCAGUUACCACCCCUUUCUCGUACAGGCGCCAGAUCGCGCAGUGUUGAGUCAAUUUCUACAACAACUUGAAUGGCCAGCACCUACGAGUAGUCCAUAUACAAACGACAAUGACGAUAAUAGCCCACAGCCGGGUAGUAGUAGCACGACUACCUUUUCUUCUUCCUUAAAAAAGGAUUAUCACCACCACACCGACGACAGACAUCACAAUCAUCAGCCCAGCAUAGAUUGGGAUUUUUCCGAAAGAUCAUCAGUUGGGCCAGCACAACCACCACCAUCAUCCGUCAUCACCACCACUUCUUGCUAUCCACCAUCCCUAUACGAUAACGAUUCCUUAUACGAUUAUGAAUCAACACCAGUCACCCCCGAGGAUGAAGUUGCUUCCUUCUCUAAACCACUUGUUCAUGAUCGCAUGCUUUUGCUAGACACUCCAUCUGAUUUCCAUAUUUUCUAACAUAGAGUAAUAGUACUGAUGUUCUUUUUUGUGUAAAUAUAUCCUCUCUUACUUGUUUCAAAAAAUAAAAUAUACAUAUAUUCUGAACUGUACGGAAGAAAAG